AUGAAAUCGACAGCUCUCUUGACAAGGAAGGCACUGAAGAAAUUCCGGAGCGGGGACUGUAAGAAGUUGCUCUCCCAGUAUGACUCCUUUUCCACCAAGGAGUUUUUGAUUAAAGAGGGGUAUUUAAGCCCCGGGGCGGUGCAGAUGAUCGGAGACCUCCUGAACGAGGAUUCCGGAUUCCACCUGUCGUUCCUCAACUCUCUCAUGGAGUUUGACAUCUUCUCUCAUGAAGACGGCUUUGAUGAGAUCACAGGAGGGUUCGACCAAUUGCCGCUGGCCUUCCACCGGUCCAUGCCUGGAGUGGUCCACCUCAACUGUACCGUCGAGCAGAUAAUCACUAACGGAGACAGGCUUAGAGUGUAUUACCGCACCCCCGAUACCCUAAGCCCCAGCUCUGUGAAGGCAGACUACGUCCUGGUCACCUCCUCAGCUAAAGCCACACGCCUCAUCCAAUUCAUGCCCCCGCUCUCCUCCAGCAAGGCCCAUGCCCUGCGCUCCAUCCACUACUCCACCGCCACCAAGGUGGUCUUGUCCUGCACCAAAAAGUUCUGGGAGAAGGACGGGAUUCGGGGCGGGCCGUCGGUCACGGAUCACCCAUCCCGGUUCAUCUACUACCCCAACCACGACUUCUCGAGCGGGCGGGAGGUGAUCGUGGCUUCCUACACGUGGAACGAUGACGCGGAGUUCUUCGUGCCCCUGAGUGACGAGAAGUGCAUCGACGUGGUGAUGGAGGAUCUGGCAGAAAUCCAUCAGGUCAGCAAGAAAGAGCUCCAGUACUGCUGUGAUAAACACGUGAUCCAACGGUGGAACCUGGACAAGCAUUCCAUGGGGGCCUACGCCUCCUUCACCCCCUACCAGUUCACCGACUAUUCGGGGCCUCUGUUUCAGAAGGAAGGGAGGGUCCACUUUGCCGGAGAACACACCGCCCAGCCUCACGCCUGGAUCGACACCUCGAUGAAAUCGGCUGUGAGAGCGGCUAGGAACAUCCACAGGGAUAGCCAAGAGUGGCUGAAGCAACUUCAGAAGAAGGUUCCGAAAGUUGAACUUUGAUGACUUCCUGGGUGCUUAGUCAAGGCGUGAAGACACCGGCCACUCGAGGCUGGUCUAUAUGAAAUCUGGAAGUCGAGAUAAGUUAUGCUACUUGAGGUCAGAGGAACAGCUUAACACCACUUAGCAGCUGUGUCUGGUGGGUGAUAGACCCCUACUAAUGUUUUCCUCAUGGCUCCUAGCAUCCCCCAUCACCCAUGGAGUUGGCAUUUUUCUUUCUAGACUGUGGUGUGUCGUUGCCCCUAACACGCUUUACGGAAAUCUGACUACAAAUACACCUAGCUCUGAUAUGCUUUAUGCAAACUACCACUGGGAAACAAUCAUUGGAGAGCUUGUACCCUCUUGAACGUGUCUACAAGGCUAUAAGUUGCGCCGCUCUACGUCCGUUCUGCACUCAAGUUAUUGACGCUUGCAGGAACCGAUGUGUUAUAAGGCCUCCCAUUCUGCGGUCUUGAGUCAUGCCACCAAAAAAACAAACCCAAUUUGCACCAGGGGAAGUCCGCCAUGGGAAAAAAAAUUCCCCGCUUCAAGUUCUUUCGCUGUAAGUCCAAGUUGUUUGGAACGUAUCUUGGGCUUAUAGGAUGCUGGCCUGUAGUCUAUAGAGGGGCAUGUAUCGUUCCUGUAUUUGAAAUGAAAAGUAUGAAGCAUGAACCUGUUGACUAAUCUAGACGUGCUAAGUGAGGGCCAUUGGGAGAACUUAAUGGCCCACUGCUCGGGACAAUGAUCUGUGAAUAGUCUUCCUUGUAAGCCUGGACCACGAUUGGUCCUACAAAGACAUGUGACCCUGCCCCCAGGUUCCAGAAUCCAUCUUGUAGUUUGAACUUUCCCACUGGGGCGAAGGGGGGGAAACUGAACAAGGGGGGGGGUCUAUGUAAGGAGUGGGAUGCACACAAGGAUGGUCAUCAGCUCUCUUCACAAAUGGCUUCCCGCCAGGAGAAGACUCAUGAAAACACCUGGACAGGAAAAGACACUUCUGGCCUGAGAAGGACUUUCCUGGACAGAAGAACUAGGCUGAGAAAUUAUGAUUUGUAAUCGGCUUUCUUGGUGUAUUCGGCUGAGCAGAAGUGUUGGGUUUUAUUUUGCGUAGUAACGUCCUUUGAUUUGUCUGUUACCGCUGGUGUCAAUCCUCCUUGGACGCUUAAUAAAAUCACUUUGG